AAAAACAAACCGCAGACGAGCUUGAACCGCACGAGCUUGUGUGUAGGGGUUUAGGGAUCUGCCUCUGAAAAUUCCUUCAAGAUUAUGCUCAGUUUAAUGAUUUUAAAACUUGAGACAAUUCACAAAAGAGAUGUCUUUGCGGUCCUCAGCUUCUAAAUUGUGUAAGGAACUCCGAAAUUAUGCUCAGUUGCGGACCAAAACCUGUGGUUCUCUGCCAAAUGCUGGAAGGUUGAGAACCUCCAGCGAUCACAAUUUUGGAGGCCAUGGAUGGAGCAAGCGCAGCCAGGAAGUAUUUCAUUGGGUUUCUCUCACUGGACCAGCUGCCAUCAUUUUGGGGACAUGCUUGACACCUUCCUUAGCUGAAGAUGUUUCAAAUGAAUCAAAUUCCAAGAGCACAUAUAAUAGUAGCUUUCAAAAGAUUGAGGAUGGGUCAGUGAUCUCAAAUGAGCAUACAUCUAAAUGGAGAAUUUUCACUGAUAACGGAAGGGAUUACUUUUUUAAGGCAAGUGCUUUUGAUUCCGUUCUCGGGAAUAUCGAGCAAGCUGAGAAAUUCUUUCAAUCUGCAUUACAAGAAGCUAGAGAGGGUUUUGGAGAUACGGAUCCUCAUGUUGCCUCCGCUUGCAAUAACCUGGCUGAGCUCUUCAGAGUAAAAAAGGACUUCGAGAAAGCAGAACCAUUGUACUUGGAGGCGAUUGAUAUAUUAGAAAAAUAUUUUGGAACAGAAGACGUAAGAGUUGGAGCUGCUCUUCAUAAUCUUGGUCAGUUCUACCUUGUCCAGAGAAAAUUAGAAAAAGCUCGUCUUUGCUAUGAGAUAAAGCGACGUGUAUUAGGAGAAGCACACCCAGAGUAUGCUGAUGCUAUGUACCAUCUCGGGAGUGUUUUGUAUCUCCAAGGGGAAGAGAAGGAUUCCGUGGAUCUAAUUGCAGAUUCUAUAAGAGUAUUGGAGGCUGGUGGCCUAGGAGAGUCUGUAGUAUGUGUCCGAAGAACGCAGUAUCUCGCUCAGAUGUACACGAAGUCCAAUCGAUUUGCUGAGGCUGAGGCUUUAUUGAGAAAAAUUCUUCAUAUGUUGGAACUAUUAAAGGGGUGGAAUGCUUUGGAUACUGUUCUUGUAGCUGAACGACUUGCAUUGGUCCUUGAAAAAGCAAGUAGAUUAAAGGAAGCAGAAGAACUUUUAGAGAGGGUGGCUCGACAGUGUUUGGAACAGAAAGUAAAAGAAAAACCCUGUGGCUUACCCAGAAGAAAAGAAAAAGAAGCGCAAUUGACAAUCUUGAUACUGCUUCAAUCACUCAAUGCUCUUGGGUCUCUGGAGAUUAUGAUUGUGGAACUUAUGGGCUCAGGGGGGCAUGUUCCUAAGGCCGAGGCUGCUUUUAGUCAAUGUGUAUCUACUUUUAAGGAGUUUGGGUCUGAGUAUUUGAUAUCCGAUACUCCACAAGUGAAGGCCGAGUAUUUGUUAUGUUUAAAGCAUCUAGAUUACUUGAUAAGCAAUGGGAAGUCGAGCAAAGUAGAAAAUGUAAAAGAAAUAAGAGGUGAAAUUCAGCGUGUCGAAACUGAAUUAGCAAAGACUGAACCGAGCAGAAGCUAA